GUCUGAGCUGACCCACUGCGAGUCUUCCAGUCAGUCCCUCCGGACCUGCCGCGAGCCUCAGGCUGCCGAAAUCACCGCGCCUCACUCGGAAAAUGGGGAGCGGGGAGCCUAAUCCUGCUGGCAAGAAGAAGAAGUAUCUCAAGGCCGCCCUGUACGUGGGUGACUUGGACCCAGAUGUCACUGAAGACAUGCUGUAUAAGAAAUUCAGACCUGCCGGUCCUCUGCGCUUCACCAGAAUCUGCCGUGACCCGGUGACCCAUAGCCCCCUGGGCUAUGGCUAUGUUAACUUUCGUUUCCCUGCAGAUGCUGAAUGGGCCCUGAACACCAUGAAUUUUGAUUUGAUUAAUGGCAAACCAUUCCGACUCAUGUGGUCUCAGCCAGAUGACCGCUUAAGAAAGUCUGGAGUUGGAAAUAUAUUCAUCAAAAACCUGGACAAAUCCAUAGACAAUAGGGCCCUGUUUUACUUAUUUUCUGCUUUUGGGAACAUUCUUUCCUGCAAAGUAGUAUGCGAUGACAAUGGUUCUAAGGGUUAUGCCUACGUGCACUUCGACAGCCUGGCCGCUGCCAAUAGGGCCAUCUGGCACAUGAAUGGAGUGCGGCUAAACAACCGCCAGGUGUAUGUUGGCCGAUUUAAAUUCCCGGAAGAGCGGGCAGCAGAGGUUAGAAGCAGGGAUCGAGCAACUUUCACCAAUGUUUUUGUUAAAAACUUCGGAGAUGACAUGGAUGAUGAAAAACUACAGGAACUUUUCAGUGAAUAUGGGCCAACUGAGAGUGUUAAGGUAAUCAGAGAUGCCAGUGGGAAAUCGAAGGGCUUUGGAUUCGUGAGAUAUGAGACACACGAGGCCGCCCAAAAGGCUGUGCUAGACCUGCAUGGAAAGUCCCUCGAUGGCAAGAUUCUAUAUGUAGGGCGAGCACAGAAGAAAAUUGAACGCCUGGCUGAGUUGAGGCGGAGAUUUGAACGGCUGAGAUUAAAAGACAAAAGUCGGCCUCCAGGGGUACCUAUCUAUAUUAAGAACCUGGAUGAGACCAUGGAUGAUGAAAAACUUAAGGAGGAAUUUGCUCCAUUUGGAUCAAUUAGCCGAGCCAAAGUGAUGAUGGAAGUGGGGCAAGGCAAAGGGUUUGGUGUUGUCUGUUUCUCCUCUUUUGAAGAGGCUGCCAAAGCAGUGGAUGAGAUGAAUGGUCGCACAGUAGGUUCCAAAACCCUGCAUGUCACUCUGGGCCAGGCCAGGCGCAGGUGGUGAGAAUAAGAAUAAUCAAUUUGUUUCAGCCUUAGCUGGUGCCUACUUAGUUUGGGCUUCUUUGUAAUAAGGGGUUAUUUUAUGCAAAUUCACAGUUUUUUUUUUUUUUAAAGCGAAUAUGUCCUUUUGGGGAAAAAACUAGAAAAUUUUGUUCAUUUUAGUAAAGAGUAUAAUUCCUAAUUGUAAAAUUGUCGUUUUAUACUAUUUUUUGAUAUAAUAUCCUGGGGAAUAUAUAGAAUAAAGUUUAUUCCUCAGGAUUUUUUUCUUCUGAACAGUCAAGAUAAGGCAAUUGAUUGAGUAUAUUUCUCUCUUUAUUUCAAUAAUACCAAACUUAAUUACUUAAUGAAAAUAUUUGUGAGAUGGUUCUUCUGAAUCUAUCACAGUGAAAAGUUCUAACUUGCAUUUUGUGACAUCAGUAAGUCAGGGGGAAAUAUAUGUGAUUCAAUUAACAUCUGUGAAUAAAUUCAUUUUAACUUGUUAUUUAAAAUGAAUAGUCCUUUUUAAAAAAAGAUGUGAGGUUCUUUUUUUCCCUUUUACUUAUUUAUAUUUUUAUUUUCUUUUUAAAUAUAUUGUGAGCAUAUCACAGAUUGGUAGUGGCUUUUACUAAAUGUUGUAAGUUGUCAUUAUGCUCACAGAAGUAAACAUAUUGGUGUUUUCUCGAUCAGUACCUUAGAAAAUUAAUACUUUAGGUAGUGGUGAUUUAAAUUAUGAGUUAAAAACCUUUUAGAAAAGGUUUUUAAAAGCCUCUUAAAAACCUUUUCUGAGAGAUUUGAUAUUGGAAGACACUUUAAAUACCACUCUUUCCACUUAUUUUUCUGAAUUCUUUGGUAUGUGUACUUGGAUCACAUUAAAUAAAUAAAAAAGAUUAACAACUGCAAUAAAUUGCCUUUACCUAUAGAUAAUUUAAAAAAUUACAUCCAGCCUUUAUCCACUAUCAAUAUAAAAGGUCAAUAAUCCAUAGAAUGUUGUUGAAAAAUGGCUUUGACGAGCAUCUACGAUUAAACUUUUUGUUAUCUGUAAUGAAUUUGUGGAUGUAUCCAUGUGAUAACAUGUAUAGAUUUUUUUCAAAGUUAAGGAACAAGCAGUCUUUUGAUUAUUUUCCACCAUCCAUAUGUCUUCACUGAUUGCAAAUUCAGAAAAAAAUGUUCCGUUUCAUACUGUAGUUACAUUAAUUAUCCUGUAAUAUCUAGGUUGCAGACUCUCCAUAUUUCAUGUGCAGUUCCCUGGACUCACUGUCUGCCUUCCAUCCAUAUUACACUUACUUUUAUACUUUCUGUAUUGUCUUUCUUUUAAUAUGUACCAGUUCAAGUAGAUUUGGGAAGUAGAGAAAUACACAAUUUAUGUAAAAUUUAAAUAAUUAGUUUUUAAAAAUACAAUUCACUAAUACCACAGAUUCAACCAUAAGAAAAUUUUUUGUCUGUACUCUCAGUUGGUUUUUAUCACCUUAUAUAUAAAUCUUCAUUUUCAUAAAUAAUGCAAUAUAAAUCUAUAAUUUUGUUAACAUUUUUGUUAUCUAUUUGACCAUAAAAUAAUUAGAAUGAGCUGUUUCUAUGUAAUUGUUUAUCUACAAAUUACAUGUCUGUUCAUAAUCAAAUAUUUUUGAAAUGGAAAUAAUUGUUUUUAUUGAUUAUAAACAUAAUAUCUGCUCAUUGUAAUAAAUGUACACAACACAGAAGAAAGAAGUAAACUCCCACAAUUCAGAGAUAAAUACUAUUAAUAUUUUCAGUGAUUGCACAUCCUUCAUACCUUUCUUCUUAUGUAUACAUAAGCAUUUUUACUAAAAAAUACAAUGUGUACUGUUUUGUAUUUUUUAAUUUUAAACUGAACCCAAAUCAUCUUUUUAUGCCAAUAAAUAUCA